AUGUACCACAUGACAAAUUUGAAAGAGGGCCAGUCUGUUCUCAUCCACUCGGCAACUGGUUGGUGUUGGAACCCCCUGCAUCCAGUUGGCUCAGUACAAAAGGCAGAGAUAAUCUUUCUCAAACUUUUCACCAUGGGAAUGAAUGCCCUAACCCGCCUUUCGCAGAUAUAUGUCACCGUUGUCACGGAAGAAAAGCGCCAGCUCCUCAAGAGCACCUACGGUACUCCCCGAAGCCAAAUGUUUUUCUCUCGUAACCCCAAGUUUGAGCAAGGGAUUUUGCGCGAGACGGGUGGCAGGGGCAUCGAUUGUAUCGUCAAUUUCUUAGUUGGAGAGCUCCUCGAUGCGUCCUAG